AUGAGGUUCCCACGGAGUGUGCUGCCCUUUAUAGGAGCAGUGUCGGCUCUGUUCACACUCGUUCAAGGUGUGUGUUGUCUACUGCCUACUCGGCGGCCAAGGUCGCUUUACCUGUUUGCUAACCAUCUUCCCUUCUCAGGCCGAUCCCAAGCGUCAGAGGCCAUCCGCCAGGUCACGCCGAUCGAGAAUGCGGUGAUUCGUACACAAACACACCAAAUAGACCACCUAUCACAUUUUGAUCUCACAUUCGAACUACAACGCGAUGGACAGCGGAUCAAGCUGGAGCUCGAGCCAAAUCACGAUAUUCUUGCCGACGAUGCUUACGUCCAAUACAUCGGCGCCGAUGGACUCUGGGAAGGCGAACCCAUCCACCGACAUGAACACAAAGUCUUUCGCGGUCGAUCCCUGGUCGGUUCCGGCAAGGGACGAUGGACCCCGGCAGGCUGGGCUCGAAUUACAGUAAGAAAGGACGGCCCCGAGCCUCUAUUCGAGGGUGCGUUCAGUAUCGACGGCAACAAGCACCAUGUCGAGCUGCAGUCGACGUAUCUGGCCAAAAAACGCCCUAUCGAUACUGACAUCGAGCACCGAAGUGGCGACUACAUGAUCGUCUACCGGGACACGGAUAUGCUUCGACACCACAGUGAGCUGAAGCGGUCGCUGGAAGGCUCUACGGGCUGCUCGGCGAACAAACUCGAUUAUAAUGCAGAUUUGACUAACUCAAUUUUUCCCUUUGGUCUCGAGCAGCCGGAUAGCCAAUGGGGAGUCACGCCACUGAAUUCGUUGUUUGGGCUCACCAAGCGCCAAUCAGAUGUGGGAGGCGUGUCAGGCAAUACGGCCGGUGUGAAUUUGAAGAGCACUGUCGGCGAUACAGCGGGAUGCCCCAAGACCAAGAAGGUCGCUCUGAUUGGUGUGGCGACGGAUUGUGAAAUGACCAAUUACUUCAAGUCCAACUCUACGCCGAAAGACGCGGCAAAGGAUUGGGUCAUCAACUUGGUCAACACGGCGUCAAGCCUGUACGAAGAGUCGUUCAAUGUGUCGAUUGGGUUGCGCAAUCUCACUGUGAAUGACCAAUCUUGUCCUACGACGGCCACUGCGGCUCUUCCGUGGAAUAUUGGCUGCGAUGGAGGAAACAUUACCUGGCGAUUGAACGAGUUCUCCAAAUGGCGUUCGAGUAAUGCAGACAGCAACGCGUAUUGGACCUUGAUGACCGGCUGCCCUACUGGCCAGGAAGUUGGCGUGUCCUGGAUGGGCCGUCUGUGCAGCUCCGACCUCGUCAGCUCGGGAGAUAGCUCAGUGUCGGGCGCGAAUGUCGUCGUCGGCAACCAAGGCUCCACAUGGCAGAUUUUCGCUCACGAGACCGGACAUACGUUCGGUGCUGUACAUGAUUGUGAUUCGAGUGCAUGUGCUCAAGAUCUGCAAGACUCUUCCCAGUGCUGUCCGCUGUCAGCGAGCACUUGCAAUGCUAAUGCCAAAUACAUCAUGAACCCCUUUGCUGACCCGAGCAUGACAACCUUUUCUCCAUGCACCAUCGGCAAUAUCUGCUCAGCCAUCGGCCGCAACAGUAUCAAGUCAACCUGUCUCUCCGACAAUCGCGGAGUCGUAACGAUGAGCGGCAGCACUUGCGGCAACGGCAUCGUCGAAGCUGGCGAAGACUGCGACUGUGGCGGCGAGGAAAGCUGCGGUGCCAAUGCUUGCUGCGACGCAAAGACAUGCAAGUUCAAGGACAAUGCCGUCUGCGACGACUCCAAUGACAGCUGUUGCACAAAAUGCCAGUUUACGGCCGCAAACACAGUUUGCCGAGCGAGUACAAGUGUCUGUGACAUUGCCGAGACCUGUACUGGAAACUCCAGCGCCUGCCCCUCGGAUAAGUUCAAGGACGACGGAUCGUCGUGUGGUAGUGGCCUCACCUGUGCCAGCGGCCAAUGUACCAGUCGCGAUUAUCAGUGCCGUACCGUGAUGGGCAGCCUGCUCAACACCAAUCAUACUUGGGCUUGUGAUAAUACGUUAGACCCGUCCUGCAGCCUGGUCUGUGGCACGGCUAGCAGUGUCAUGGGGUAUCCCGCUGGCACCUGUAUCUCUGUGUUCCAGAAUUAUCUGGAUGGUACGCCGUGUGACGCCGGCGGUAAAUGCUAUAGCGGCCAGUGCAAGGGUUCUUCCGUCGGAGGAUGGAUUCGCGACCACAAAACGCUUGUCAUUGGCCUUUGUGCCGGCGUGGGCAGUCUUAUCGUCCUCUUCAUACUUUAUUGUCUCAUCAACCGAUGCCGUAUGGCCGCUGCAAGGCGUCGUAUGGCCAAGAACGUUCGUCCCCCACCUCCCAUGGGCCGUUAUCCUGGUCCAAUGCCGGGUCCAAUGCCUGGUCGAGGGCCCCCUCAUGGGCCUCCGCCUGGUCCUCCUGGGAACCAGUGGUAUGGCUAUCCUAACGAUGGGUAUCCCAAUCCUGGGUAUCACAAUAUGCCCCCGCCCCCGCCUCGAUACGCCUAA